CCUCUGACGGCCCCAGCCAGGGAAUUUCAAUUUGAAACCGAGCGGAGGGAGGAGGCGGUUGCGGCGGCCCGGCGGCAGGGGCUGGAGCGGGACCAGUUCCCGCAGCGAGCGAGCCCUGGAGGUGCAGUGUCCGGGUGUCCUUGGAUCGUGCGGUGCCAAUGAGCAAGGUGGUGGCGCUGAUUGCAGACCUGGGCUGCAGGUGUGAGUUCUGGAGAGCUCUGUGAUUACCCAGUGAAAACAUUACCAGUAAAUCAUAAGCUGUAACCAUGACCACUGAAGUAGGCUCCACUUCUGAAGUGAAGAAAGAACCUGAACAAUUAGGAGCAGACACAGAUACAACCAAGGAGAAAACGAAAGAAGUAGCAGAAAAUCAGCAGAAUCAGUCCUCUGAUCCAGAGGAGGAAAAAGGUUCCCAGUCAUCUCCUACAGCUGAAAGCCAAAGUAGUCCACACCGCCAGAAGAGAGAGAAGGAUCCAUCGGAGAGCAGGGGAAUUUCUCGAUUCAUACCCCCAUGGCUUAAGAAACAAAAGUCCUAUACCUUAGUAGUGGCCAAAGAUGGAGGAGAUAAAAAAGAGCCUACCCAAGCUGUUGCUGAGGAGAUUUUAGAUAAAGAAGAAUCUCUUCCUGAAGGAGAGAGGCAGGCCAAGGGUGAUGCUGAAGAAACCGCUCAGAGGAAACAACAGGAGAUUAAAGUUGAUGUCAAGGAAGAGAAACCAGUGAGCGGUCCUGCGGCACAGCCUGCUGAUGAAGUAAGUAAGGAGAGAGAAGAGAAGGCUAAAGAAAUACAGGAAGACAAAUCAGAAGAAGCAAAAAGGGAGACCAAGGAAGUGCAGACCAAUGAGCUAAAGUCAGAGAAGGCUUCUCAGAAAGCCACCAAGAAGACCAAAACUGUCCAGUGUAAAGUGACCCUCCUAGAUGGCACCGAGUACAGCUGUGACCUGGAGAAAUGUGCGAAGGGACAAGUGUUAUUUGACAAAGUGUGCGAACAUCUCAAUCUCUUGGAAAAGGACUAUUUUGGACUUUUAUUUCAGGAAAGCCCUGAACAGAAAAACUGGCUAGAUCCUGCAAAAGAAAUAAAGAGACAGCUACGAAAUCCUCCUUGGCUGUUCACCUUUAAUGUGAAGUUUUAUCCUCCUGAUCCUUCUCAGUUGACUGAAGAUAUCACCAGAUACUUCUUGUGCCUUCAGCUCCGGCAGGACAUUGCCUCCGGCCGCCUGCCCUGCUCAUUUGUGACUCAUGCCCUCCUGGGAUCCUACACGCUGCAGGCUGAACUUGGGGACUAUGAUCCAGAAGAACGUGGCAGCAGUGACCUCAGUGACUUCCAGUUUGCCCCCACACAGACGAAGGAGCUGGAAGAGAAGGUGGCAGAGCUGCAUAAAACCCACAGGGGCUUAUCUCCAGCACAAGCUGAUUCUCAGUUCUUAGAAAAUGCAAAGAGGCUCUCCAUGUAUGGCGUUGACCUACAUCAUGCCAAGGACUCGGAAGGCGUGGACAUCAAGCUGGGUGUGUGCGCUAACGGGCUUCUCAUUUACAAAGACAGACUGAGAAUCAAUCGUUUUGCUUGGCCGAAAAUCUUGAAAAUUUCCUAUAAGCGCAGUAACUUCUACAUUAAAGUUAGGCCAGCAGAGCUCGAACAAUUUGAGAGCACCAUUGGAUUCAAACUGCCAAACCAUCGGGCAGCAAAAAGGCUAUGGAAAGUGUGCGUGGAACAUCAUACUUUCUACAGGCUUGUGUCUCCAGAGCAGCCACCAAAGGCCAAGUUCCUGACCCUGGGGUCCAAAUUCCGCUACAGCGGCCGCACCCAAGCCCAGACCCGUCAGGCAAGCACCCUCAUUGACAGGCCAGCGCCACACUUUGAGCGUACCUCUAGCAAACGGGUCUCCAGGAGUCUAGAUGGAGCUCCAGUUGGUGUUGUUGAUGAAAGUCUUAUGAAGGAUUUUCCUGGCCCUGCUGGGGAGGUUUCAGCAUAUGGCCCCGGAGCUGUCAGCACCGCCAUGGUACAGGAUGGGGAUGGCAGAAGGGACCUCAGGAGCCCGACUAAAGUCCCACAUGUGCAAUUCGUUGAAGGAAAGAAGAAUUCCUUGAGAGUAGAAGGGGAUAAUAUUUAUGUCAGACAUAGCAAUUUAAUGUUGGAGGACCUCGAUAAGGCCCAGGAGGACAUACUGAGACAUCAGGCUAGCAUUAGUGAACUCAAGCGCAAUUUUAUGGAAUCCACACCUGAGCCGCGCCCUAAUGAAUGGGAAAAACGACGUAUCACACCUCUGUCCCUACAGACACAAGGGAGCAAAGGAGACCAUCUUUUCAAGGAUAUUUUAUCCGUGAAGGAGAAGCAUCAGAGAGCGGCAACACGGACAGUUGAAGAAAAAGUCCAGGAGGCAGACAAGAAACGCGCUCCCGAGUCAGAAGGGCCUUGCACUGGAGCCAGUGAUGCUGCUAAGAGUUCACAUGAGACUCUGAAUGUAGUGGAGGAGAAGCAGCAGGCAGAGGUUGGGAAAGACGAAAGAGUAAUCACAGAAGAAAUGAACGGUAAAGAGCUAUCACCUGGGAGUGGUCCUGGGGAGACCCGUAAGGUGGAGCCUCUGACGCAGAAAGACUCCACCUCCCUGUCUUCUGAGAGCAGCAGCGGCAGCGAGAGCGAGGAGGAGGAAGACGUGGGCGAGUACCGGCCCCACCACCGUGUGACCCAGGGCACCAUAAGGGAAGAGCAGGAGGAGUAUGACGAAGAGGUGGAGGAAGAAGCCGGCCGAGCAGCCAAGGUAGUAGAGAGGGAGGAAGCAGUGCCAGAAGCCAGCCCAGGCAGACAAGCAGGUGCCAGUGUAAGCGCAGUAGAAACAGUGAUCCGGGAGAAGGUAGUGGCCCCAAAGCUAUCUGCAGAGAAGAGUGUAAACGAAGGCGCUAUUAAGCAAGACAUGAGCGAAGAAACAGAGGACGAGCAGCAUAAAGUUAACGGAGAGGUGUCUCAUGUUGACAUUGAUGUGUUGCCACAAAUUAUUUGUUGUUCCGAGCCACCAGUGGUAAAAACAGAGAUGGUAACAAUUUCUGAUGCCUCACAAAGGACAGAAAUCUCCACCAAGGAAGUCCCUAUUGUCCAAACUGAGACCAAAACCAUCACAUAUGAGUCUCCACAGAUUGAUGGCGGGGCUGGUGGUGACUCGGGGACGUUACUGACGGCACAGACCAUCACAUCUGAGUCCGUGUCGACGACGACGACAACACACAUCACCAAGACUGUGAAAGGUGGAAUAUCUGAAACAAGAAUUGAGAAACGCAUCGUGAUCACAGGAGAUGCGGACAUCGAUCAUGACCAGGCGCUGGCCCAGGCCAUCAGGGAAGCCAGAGAGCAGCACCCCGACAUGUCGGUCACGAGAGUGGUGGUGCACAAAGAGACGGAGUUGGAGGAAGGGGAAGAGUAAGUAAGAAAUGCAUUUUUUUAAACAACAUUCAACUUUGUGAACCUGAAGAGUUUUGACCAUCCCAAGUCUUAAUGCCACACCACUACUCCAGCGAAUUUAUACUACGACUGGUAACCAUGACCAGGAGCCGGAAGAAUUAAAAUGCCAACGACCAAACCUUACCUUAACAGCUCUGGUCUAUACUGUUCCCUCGCAUUUUAAUACAUUAUUUUGUUUUAUAACCACUUCUAAAUAUUCUUUUUUUUUUCUCAAUUAGGGAGUUUUGUUUUUGUUUUCCCGUUUGCUUUGUGUACAACUACCUGCUUUUUAAUCGCUCAUUUUGAUCAAAUGAUAGUGAACAAAGCCAGCCCAAGCUGGUAAGGUGCCGUUCACUUGAACAGGUGCUGUUGUGCAGAAAGGAAACUCAGUGACUAAUUUCAAUAGCGGCUUUCCUAUCUUCCAGAUUCUUCCCAUUGAAUUCUCACAGGAAAUAUUUACAGAUGUUCAGAUGCAGUCAAUAUACUGUACGAGGAAAUAUUAAUACAGAUUAGAAGCAUUUCUUACAUCUUGAAAAUUUUCUAAUGUUUGAGAAUUUCACUGGGGAUAUUUUUUAUAUUGAACCCUGUUGACUUUCCAGUCCUCUGACUUUGGGCCAGAAAAGUAAAAAGUCAGAGAACGUCCAGACUGGAGAAUUACCAACAAAUUCACUGACCACGCACUGUGUUGAGAGACCCUGUCGCACCACAGUGCCAGUGCUUCUCAGACACGUGCUCUUUGGCAGCAUUCCAGAAACAGGAGGGAGGAAGAAGAGAAAAUGGUGGCUUCCCUUCUGCUAAAAUAUGCAGGCAGCUUAAAACCUUAGUGCUUUCUUUCUUAACAUGUCCAAAUUUCAGUACUUUCCAUUAUUUGAACACACUUGUGUAGAAUGCUUGCUUUGUAUUAAACCUCCUUGUCUACUUGUAAAACUGACCUUUUGUUAUGGAGCAGGUAUGUCUCUUUCAGACAGUUGGAUGAUUCACAUGAGGUUGAGGACACCGGGGAGAGAAGCAGGGGCUGUGGUGGUUUUUUGAUGGUUGUGAGGAAGCUAGACCAUUUACCAGCACACACCAGAGACCUGAUAGGGACCUAUUAACUGUAUUGAACGUUUUUUCCUUUGCUUUUGACCCUAUGUAUAGUUAUGAUGCCAGAUUAGAUUUAUAGCAGCUUCAAGUUGUAUUAAAUGGUAUUUUGCUUUCUGUAAUACUGUUAUAAAAUAAAGUUUGUUUAUUCUCUGAA